AUGCCUCAAGUCAUCGAGCAGUACACACCGCUCCCGACCACCCUGGGAUGCAGCCCGAAGCUGAAGACGCUGCCCAAGAACCUGUACAACCAUCUGCGCGGUUUCCCGGUCGUCAACGGUGAAGCCUCGCUGCUGUCGGACAAGGUGCGCCGAUUUGUCGAGGAGUCAGCCGCCAUGUGCCAACCUGACCGGAUCCACAUCGUCGACGGUAGCGAGAGCGAAAGCAACACCUUGCUGAAGACGCUGCACAGCCAGGGUACGAUCAAGCCUCUGCCGAAGUACGACAACUGCUGGUUGGCCCGCACCAACCCAGCUGAUGUGGCUCGUGUCGAAUCGAAGACGUUCAUCUGCACGGACCGACCGGAGCAGACCAUUCCGACACCGAAACCGGGUGUAGCUGGUUCCCUGGGCAAUUGGAUCGCGCCUGCCGACUAUGAUCGUGCGAUCAUGACCCGGUUCCCGGGUUGCAUGAAGGGCCGCACUAUGUUUGUGGUGCCGUUCUCGAUGGGUCCGAUUGCGUCGCCGCUCUCGAAGAUCGGCAUUGAGAUCACGGAUUCUGCCUAUGUCGUGUGCUCCAUGCGCAUCAUGACCCGAAUGGGCUCUGAAGUGCUGGACAAGCUGUCUGACAACUCGGACUUCAUCCGGUGUCUGCACUCGGUCGGAACGCCAGCCAGCGGCAAAGUGGCCGUACCGGCGUGGCCCUGUGAUCCGGAGCGCACCAUUAUCCUGCACAAGCCCGCCAGCAACGAGAUCGUUUCGUACGGUUCCGGAUACGGUGGCAACUCGCUGCUCGGCAAGAAGUGCUUUGCCCUGCGCAUCGGCAGUACUAUCGCCAAGCGUGAGGGUUGGCUUGCGGAACACAUGCUGAUCCUGGGCAUCACGGAUCCGAACGGUGUGAAGAAGUACAUCGCGGCCGCGUUCCCUUCUGCGUGCGGCAAAACGAAUCUCGCCAUGAUGAACCCAACCCUGCCCGGAUACAAGAUCGAGUGUGUCGGGGAUGACAUCGCCUGGAUGAAGUUCGAUUCGAAGGGUCAGCUGCGUGCGAUCAACCCUGAGAACGGUUUCUUCGGUGUUGCGCCUGGCACCUCGACUGAGACGAACCCCAACGCCAUGGAGACGAUCUACAAGAACACGAUCUUCACGAAUGUAGCCUCAACAUCUGACGGUGGUGUGUUCUGGGAGGGCAUGGAGAAGGAAGUGUCCUCGGACGUCGAGAUCACGGACUGGCUGGGCAACCCCUGGAAGCUGGGUGAGUCGAAGACUCCUGCAGCACAUCCCAACUCCCGCUUCUGCGCUCCGGCCAGCCAGUGCCCGAUCAUCGAUCCGGCCUGGGAGGACUCCGAGGGUGUCCCGAUUUCGGCCAUCUUGUUUGGAGGCCGACGUCCUCAGGGCGUGCCGCUGGUAUACGAGGCUAACUCGUGGGCACAUGGAGUCUUCGUUGGAUCGGCCAUGCGCAGUGAAAGCACUGCCGCUGCGGAACACAAGGGCAAGGUCAUCAUGAACGACCCGUUCGCGAUGCGACCGUUCUUUGGGUAUAACUUUGGCGAUUACCUGCGACACUGGCUGAGCAUGGAGGAGCGUGCUAAUGCCGCUGGUGGCCACGCGCCGAAGAUCUUCCACGUGAACUGGUUCCGUAAGGAUGCCAACGGCAAGUUCCUGUGGCCCGGAUUUGGCGAGAACAGCCGUGUGCUCGAGUGGAUCCUGCACCGCAUCGACGAUGCCGACUGCUACCGGGAUACGGCCAUUGGUCGUGUGCCGACGGAAGGUGCCCUCAACCUGGAUGGUCUGAGUGGUCCAGUGAACGAGCGCGAACUGUUCUCGAUCCCGAAGGACUUCUGGCUGCGGGAGGUCGACGAGAUCAAGCAGUACUAUGACAAUCAGCUGCCGCAGGAUCUGCCCCAGGAGAUCGCCUCCGAGCUGGAGCAGUUGAAGGGGCGCAUCGAGAAGAUGUAAGGCGUGCUCCGGAAGGAGCGAAAGGACAACAGCAAGGACCACAGUACGCACUGCUCCGCAAAAGGAGCGAAGAGAUUAGGCCAAGCUUGCCACGCAGCUCAGGGUUUAUUGACCAUGGGGUCGUGUGGCAGCUCGCCAGCACCAGAUAGGGACCGAAGCAAAACGCCAGGAGCCUUAAGUGUAGAUAUUUUGUAUUUGUAUUAAGCCCGUGUAAGGCAUAUAUUGUAAUAAUUCCCCUAGAGUAAGUAUUGUGAUAGUCGUGGGAGAAAACAAACCUGAAAGGGACUUGCGGUUUUACGAAAACACAAACUCCCUCAAUCUGCUAAUAUGGAGCAAACCUAAUGUACUAAGAAAAUCAACAAUAAAAAAA